CAUCAUCUCUCAUCAGCAAUGGCCAACAACGCAGCUAAAAGCCUUUGGUUGUGUUCCUCCUAAAUUUUGAGUUCAAACAAAAAUGGAAGCCUUAACGCAUCUAAGCUUCAGAGUCUGUCCUCCGAGGCUUGUGCCACCGUCCAACACUAAGAGAAUCCACCGUGUCUCUGCCGUCAGCGGAGGAGCUAACGGUGCCCCUGCCACCUUCUCUGCCAGCAAAUGGGCCGACCGCCUUCUCGCCGAUUUCCACUUCUUCCCUUCUUCUACUUCCGACCCUUCAGAACAGGAACGUUCCACUGCUACUCUCACCCCCCCGCUUGACAUUCCGGAGCGCCACGUCUCAUUGCCUAUAGACUUCUACAGAGUGCUGGGAGCUGAAACUCACUUCCUAGGAGACGGUAUAAGAAGAGCCUACGAGGCGCGCAUUUCGAAGCCGCCGCAGUACGGUUAUAGCGAUGGAGCUCUGAUUAGCCGCCGCCAGAUUCUUCAAGCUGCUUGUGAAACCCUGGCGGACCCUAGCUCCCGCAGAGACUACAACCAGGGUCUUUCAAACCAUGAAUUCGAUGCCCGUCUUACUCAAGUUCCAUGGGAUAAGGUUGCAGGAGCAUUGUGUGUGUUGCAAGAAUCAGGCGAGACCGAGAUUGUUCUUGAGAUAGGGGAAAGUUUGAUGAAGGAGCGGCUAUCUAAGUCAUUCAAGCAAGAUGUGGUCUUGGCAAUGGCUCUAGCCUUUGUUGACUUAUCUAGAGAUGUAAUGGCAUUUUCUCCACCGGAUUUCGUUAAAGGCUCUGAUUAUCUUGAAAGGGCAUUAAAGUUACUACAGGAAGAAGGUCCAACUACCCUUGCCUCUGACCUACAAGCACAGAUAGAUGACACAUUGGAAGAGAUAAGCCCUCGUUGUGUCCUAGAGCUUCUUGCUUUACCACUUGGUGAAGAUCAUCAGAUGAAGAGGUCAGAAGGUCUUCAAAGAGUACGUAAUAUUCUGUGGGCUGUUGGAGGAGGGGGUGCAACUGCCAUUUCAGGUGGUUUUACACGAGAAGGUUUCAUGAAUGAAGCUUUCCAACACAUGACGGCAGCAGAGCAGGUUGAUCUUUUUGUUGCUACUCCAAGUAACAUACCUGCUGAAAGUUUUGAGGUCUAUGGGGUAGCACUUGCACUCGUUGCUCAAGCUUUUGUUGGGAAAAAACCUCAUCUCAUCCAAGAUGCUGACAACCUUUUUCAACAACUCCAGCAAACAAGAGCGAGAGAGAAUCUUGAAAUAGACUUUGCGUUAGAGAGGGGACUUUGCUCACUUCUUGUGGGAGAAGUUAAUGAAUGCCGCUCAUGGUUAGGCUUAGACAGUGAGGACUCGCCAUAUAGAGAUCCGUCCAUUGUCACUUUUGUUCUAGAACAUUCCAAAGAUGACAUGGAGAAUGAUCUGCUUCCUGGACUUUGCAAGUUGUUGGAGACAUGGUUGCUGGAGGUUGUGUUUCCCAGGUUUAGGGAGACGCAAUCUUUGCAAGUCAAGCUUGGGGACUAUUAUGAUGACCAAACAGUUUUGAGAUAUUUAGAGAGAAUCGAAGGGGGUGGCGGGUCCCCUUUGGCUGCCGCUGCUGCUAUUGCGAGAAUUGGGGCUGAAGCUAAUGCAGUAAUUGGUAGUGUGAAGGCUAGUGCCAUUCAGGCAUUAAGAAAGGUUAUUCCUUUUGGUGAUGAGCUAAUAAGACGUGCCGAAACUACUUCUCCUGAAAAUGUCAUAGUUAGUUUUUCUGAGGGGUUACCACAACCUUCUAAUGAUAAUGAUGAGGAGAUUGAUAUGAUCACUGAGAAAAUAAAAGAUUUGGUUGUUAAGAUUACAUCUGCUGGUGUGGUUGUUGGUUUACUGACAUUGAUUGGACUGAGGUUUUUACCACAUAGAACUGAAAAUCGUAUUCUCCAACAAAACGAUGGCGGAUCAGCUAUGAUUUCUGAUUCUGUCACCAGAGAGCCCUCAGUUGAUGAGAUAUCGGAGGAAGUUCCUAAAAUGGAUGCCAGAUUUGCGGAAAGCCUGGUUCGCAAGUGGCAGGAUAUUAAAUCUCAGGCUCUGGGCCCCAAUCAUUGUCUUGAGAAGUUAUCAGAGAUCUUGGAUGGUCAGAUGCUAAAAGUGUGGACAGACCGGGGAGCAGAAAUCGCACAACAGGGCUGGUUUUGGGGAUAUACUCUGCAGAACCUUACCAUUGAUAGUGUUACUGUUUCAGUUGACGGGCGGCGUGCUAUAGUGGAAGCCACACUGGAAGAAUCUGCUCAGCUGACGGAUUCGGCUCAUCCCGAGCACAAUGACUCAUACAGUACAACGUACACAACAAGAUACGAGUUAUCAUGUGGGAAAUCAGGAUGGAGAAUUGUAGAUGGAGCCGUCCUCAAAUCUUAAACACUGUGGGGGUGUACAUUUAGGCUUAUUUUUUGUGUGUAAAUUAUGUCCCGGUUAUUAUUUUACUCCAUAUAAAACUCGAAUUUGCCAGAAUUCAUACCGACUAUCUUUCCCAUGUUCUCCGUAGGGCUUGUUUGGACUUUGGAUCCCAGAAAAUGCUAGGGAAAUGAAAGAAAAUGUUAAGAAAGAGGAAUUUUAUCAAUCUGGAAACAUGAAAGAUAGGUGAAUUAUCAAUUU